GGUCGCGCGGGACUAGCCGAAGGAAGGUACCCCAGCUUGACGACCAGCAAUGGCCAAGGUGUCGGUGCUGAACGUGUCGGUGUUGCAGAACCCGAGUUCUUUCCACAGCCCCUUCCAGUUCGAGAUCAGCUUCGAGUGCUGCGAGGCCUUGAGCGACGACCUGGAAUGGAAGAUCAUUUAUGUUGGCUCCGCCGAGAGUGAGGAGUUUGACCAGGUCUUGGACUCGGUGCUGGUGGGGCCAGUCCCAGCAGGAAGGCACAUGUUUGUCUUUCAGGCGAAUGCCCCUAAUUCCCUCCUUAUCCCUGAGACGGAUGUGGUGGGUGUGACCGUGGUCCUCAUCACCUGCACCUACCACGGCCAGGAGUUCAUUCGCGUCGGAUACUAUGUCAACAACGAGUACACCGACCCUGAGCUUCGGGAGAACCCACCCCUGAAACCUGACUUCUCCCAGCUCCAGCGCAACAUCUUGGCCUCCAAUCCCCGGGUGACCCGCUUCCACAUCAACUGGGACAGCACCGACAAAGUGGAGAACAUUGAGAAUCAGGACCCUGCCUUAAGCAGUGGGCUUUCCCUGAGCAGCCCACAGACCAAGGGGCUGGGCCUUCCUGGCUCUGCCCUCAGCCUGCUUCCUGAGAACUCCAUGGACUGUAUCUAACGAGGAAUGGAACGAGGACAGAGGGGGCAGGCUUAAGUUCCUGGGUAUGCACUGUUGUUAUGCAGACUAGAGAGCUUGCUCUGUGGCUCCAAGCUAUUCUUGGGCCAGUACAACUGGUCCCUAAGGGAUGGCAAGCCCUCGUGGCCAGCUGAGGCUGAGGGAGGGGGGCAGGGGUCUAGCUUCUACUCAGGCACGUUCUCGAAAAUGUUCCAGUUCUUACCUCUUUGUUCUUCACCACUUCCACCCCUUCCCUGUCCUCCAGUCCCACAGAUACCCUAGGGGUGAGGUGCUGUUUGACAGAAGACUAGCACCAUUGAUCUGCUAAGCUCUUCCAUGCUAAACUUUUUUUUUCCCUCUCUCUCUCUCUCUCUAUCUCUCUCUCUAGCUCUUUUUUUUUUCUUUUACCCUUCCCCCCCACCCCACCCCACCAAGCCUGGUUGGAGGCUUCCUUGACUGGCCAGAACAUUCUCCUCCCCUGACUUCUGCCACAUUCUUCUCAUGCUCCUUUCCUUUCCUAACCAUUCUCUAGCAGUGACCAACCAGUUUAGGCACUGAAGCCUCAACUUGUUUGUGGAGGUAGGCGAAGAGACGAACAUCUCCUGACCCACCAGCAACUGGCAUACCCCAUCUCUUCUUGGCGCCUAAGAUCAGCAGCCUGAGGCUUUCAGGUUAGGCUCAUCGAAGAGCUAAGUGAAGACAGGCUGGGUGAAAACCUUCCUCCUGGCGCCAACCCAAUUCUGUCCAGUCUCCCGGCUCCUGCCAACCCAGUCGGUCGCUCUUGGGUGGCAAGAGUUGGAGUGUGAAGCCCCUUGUCGACAAUCUCAUCCGUGCCGAUUUUAAUGCAUCCCUUUAGACUCCACUUCUGCCGAAGCUAUCAACUCAGGAGUGAAUUUUUAAGAAUGGUGGUGGGGGUUGUUGGCCUAAGCACACCUCCUAAGCCAGUUUCUUCCCUUUCCUCUGCAACCCUCUUUGAAGCCGCCCCCCCACCUCUUUGUAUUAAACGUGUAUAUUAAUGAUGCUGUGGUUAAUGGAGAAAUAAAAGCACUUAGG